GUCACCACAACUCCAUUAUCUCUCUCUCUUUCCCUUUCCAUCUUUAUCUUUCUACAAACUCGUAUUUAUCUCUUAAAUAUAUUCACCAUCAAUACUCAUAUCCCCUUCAAAGUCAUUACAACACCGAAAGGGGAGAAUGGGCUACCCCAAACUUCCAAAAGUACUCUUGCUACUCUUGACCUUAAUUCUUGCAGCUAAAGUUAUACAAGGAAAUGAAACAGAAGGAUUGGUAUCUCAAUCCUCCCAACCCCAAAGGGAACUGAGUUUGAAGGAUAGCAAUGAGGCAUGGACAAUAAGGAAUUCUAGGAGACUGAUGAUUGGUUCCACAGCACCAACUUGCACUUACAAUGAAUGUAGAGGCUGUAAAUAUAAGUGCAGAGCUGAGCAGGUUCCUGUAGAAGGAAAUGACCCAAUUAAUAGCCCAUACCACUACAGAUGCGUUUGUCAUAGAUGAUAUAUAUGAUAAUCAUUAAUAGAUUAUAGCAUGUUGUACUUUUGAGCUCUACUAGACUUGCAAAAUUUUUGUAUUUGCUAUGUUGUCAUUCAAUUAGUAAUAAAAAGCCUAUUUGUUAUGUUGUAUUUUUUAUUAUUUC